GCCCGGCACGUUACCAAUGAAGCAAGCGACUUUAAUCAGACACAGACCCAGAACCGCAGACCCGAAGAUGUGGCCCAAACAGCGUUGGCUAGUCAACAGAGCAACUGCAGCGAUACCAGCGAGAAGCACACACCAAAUACUAGAAGUAUUACUAGCCUUAAUCUUAGUCAAUUGCCUUGCCUCAGCGACGGCGGCGCUUAUCACACCACCGGACAGUAGCAGCAACAACUUUGAGUAUGAAUCGACAUCCAGGAAUGAGGAUGACGACAGUCCAUCCCUGCCCAGUUUCUAUCGAAGUCCGCAUCGCCUCGAUGGCUACUAUACGACAGCGGAUCUGCAGCGCAGCCACAACUACAAGAUAAGCCCCAAGCCGUGCUCCUUUGGUCGCGUCGAGGGCACCUGCAUGUUCGUCUGGGAGUGCAUCAAAUCCGAGGGACAGCAUGUGGGCAUGUGCGUUGACUCGUUCAUGUUUGGCUCCUGUUGUGCCCACAACUACACGGAAAACAUUGUGCUGCCCCAGACCGCCUUCUCGUACACUCGACCCACCAAACCACUGUCGCUGAGACCGCGACCGCCACCACAGCCACACAAGCCGCUUAUCAGCGGAAUGACAACCAUAGAGCGUCCACAUGGUGCUGGAACAUUGGUCAUACGACCAUCGGGUCCUCAUCAUCAGGGUCCAUUGUCCCGGCCACAUCCGAAGCCGACGUCUUCGCCGGAUUUACAGAGUGCGGCCAGUCAGGCAACGGCCAGUUCUAAUAGUAUUUGGCAUACAUCAACGCACCAGCAGCAGGCACAGCAUCAUCAUUGGCAUAUGACCACCGAGCCAAGCUUUAUUACCAAGCCGCGACCCACCGGCUGGACCAAGCCCGGCAUCGUCAAUUUGCCAGCACCUCAGCGCCCCUCGAAGCCGCCAAAGCCCACAAAGAAGCCGAUUGUCUACGAGCGGCCACCGCCACCGCCGCCGCCAACGCCGGCGACGUCGUCAACGACAAUGAUUCUGUUGGGCCAGACGAAACCAAAACCCAAACCCAAACCGACCAGGCCUCAGCUGUCGCCGGCCACAUCAUUAGCCGCGUCGUCCCCAUCAGCAUCGACAAUAACAACAGCAACAGCAACAGCAACAGCUACAUCAACAUCAACAAAGGGCACAACAACUACAACUACAACAAAGAGGACCACGAGUACGACAACGACGACAAGAAAACCCACAAAGCCCUAUCAGCGGCCCACCACAGUGGGCACUACAACUACAACAACAACAACAACAACAGCAGGAGCAGCAAUGUCAACAACCAGACCACGUCCAGGUCCAAGCAGCAGCCUGACCAGCCAGAGACCAACGGCACAGCUGCCCACACGACAACCACCGUCGACGGCGGGCAUUGAAUCCAAUGAGAUAACGGACUCCUCCACACAUGAUGCCGGCAUGGGAAUGUUGGGCAAUGUGAAGACUAUUUCGGCGGCACGAAGCGAAUGCGGAGUGUCGAUGCUGACGAGUCCAGAGACGCGCAUUGUGGGCGGCAAGCCAGCGGCCUUCGGUCGUUGGCCCUGGCAGGUGUCUGUGCGACGCACCUCGUUCUUUGGCUUCUCCAGCACCCAUCGCUGCGGUGGCGCUUUGAUCAACGAGAACUGGAUAGCCACGGCAGGGCACUGUGUGGACGAUUUGCUUAUCGCACAGAUACGCAUUCGCGUGGGCGAAUAUGACUUCUCGCAUGUGCAGGAGCAGCUGCCAUACAUAGAACGUGGCGUGGCCAAGAAGGUGGUGCAUCCGAAGUAUAACUUCUUUACAUACGAGUAUGAUCUGGCAUUGGUGAAGCUGGAGCAGCCGCUUGAAUUUGCGCCACAUGUCAAGCCCAUUUGCUUGCCCGAAACGGAGAGUCUACUGAUUGGCAUGAAUGCCACGGUCACUGGCUGGGGUCGUCUCAGCGAGGGCGGUACUCUGCCCUCAGUGCUGCAGGAGGUCUCGGUGCCCAUUGUGAGUAACGACAAUUGCAAAUCCAUGUUUCUGCGCGCCGGUCGCCAGGAAUUCAUACCGGAUAUAUUCCUAUGUGCUGGCUAUGAAACAGGCGGCCAGGACUCCUGUCAAGGCGACUCGGGUGGUCCGCUUCAGGCCAAGUCACAGGAUGGUCGCUACUUUCUGGCUGGCAUUAUCUCGUGGGGCAUUGGAUGUGCCGAGGCCAAUUUGCCCGGAGUCUGUACGCGCAUCUCAAAGUUUGUGCCCUGGAUACUGGAGCAUGUCAGAUGAUAAUCACAUCGAGUAUAGACCGAUGACUUCGAAUGUUCCACUCUUGUUAUUGUUUUGAUUUAUUAGUUGUAUCUUUAAGUUUGUGUGAUUUUAUUUUAAACGAAUCUUAAGCUUAGUUAGCUUCAAUUAAUAACAAUUUGCAUUGAUAUUAACAUUGUGCGCAAAUUGCCACGCCCACAUGCCCACAACCUGCAACGUCCACGCACACAUAGUCAAGACCCAUUAGUUAGUCUAGCGAAAAUUGUUUGUAGGCUAGAAUUAGUUCUCAAAUAUAUCUAAUCUAUCUAAUUCAAAUCGUACGAAAUGAUGUAAUGGCAUCGAUAUCUGUAUAUAGCCGAAACCGUAGAAAAAGUCAUUUUCAUUGUGCAGUUGUUGGUAUUUUAGCUUAGGAAUAGUUAACAAUUAACUAAAUCUAUAUAAUUUAUAAACAAAUUGCAUACAAACAUCAUUAUGUUGUAUCUUGCCCAAAGAACAAGUUUAUUUAUAAAGAUGAGCUCCAAUAAGUCUAUUACGAAAAUCAAAAUAUUUUAUAAUAAAACUGAUAAAAACUUAACAUGAUAAAAUUAACAAAUUUAAUGGGAAGCACGUGAUUAAUUAACUAAUUUUAUGCUAAUGGUAUAUCUAUGAGACCCCUAAAUUCAUGAAUCUGUUUUAAAUAAUAAACGAGAACAAUAAAGAUUGCAAAUUGUAUACA